CCUCCCGGUGCUACUUCCUGGUUAACGGAACCGGAGCAGCUGAAACUCACCGACAGCAGGCGGAGUCCAGCCCCUACUCACGGCGCCUGCUCCCCGUACAGAGCAACGGGAAGCAGCCGGGACCGAAGCACCUCCAGCGGCCAGGAGCAGUCCCGACACACGGAGCUCCGAGCCUCCCGGUGGGGUCGGUGGGGCAAAAGGGUUGGCUGGAGACCCCAUCAGGGACCCAGAGGGUCCGGCCGUCCUGGUUGGUCCAGAGUGUGUGAGGUCAGGAUCUGGUUCAGGAUCUAAUCCUCUAAGAAGCUUAGCGGCUAAGUUUGGCGCUGCCCUGUGAAGCUCUGCAUCAUGAUGCAGAUCUGCGACUCCUCCAACCAGAAGAACUCGCUCUUCACAGCCAUGACCCGCUUCAUCGGCGCCGUCAACAACAUGGACCAGACGGUGAUGGUACCCAGCCUGCUGCGGGACGUCCCAUUGGACGACGGCGCUGAGCCCAAGCCGGGUUCCUCCUUCUUCCAUCAAGACAUGUACAGCUCCUACGUCCUGCUUAAGUCCAUCAGGAACCACAUGGAGUGGGGCGUCCUCCAGGGAGACCAACGGCGGUGGGACAAAGACGAUGUGACGGAAGAAGAUGACCUGGAGAAACAGUUUCACUUCCACCUGAAUGGACUCCACAGCAUCCUGUCCAAGCUGACGCUGACCACCGACAUGCUGACCAACCGCUACAAGGAGGAGGUCGGCUGCAGGAAGUGACACCAACAAACCAGGCCCACUUCCUGUCAGCUCCAGGAACCUCAAACCGUUUAGAUUCUCCUUCAGUCAGAUGUUUGUUUGGUCCAAACAUCUUCAGUUUCUGAUCACUGAGGAAAGAAAGCAGAAAAUGUUCCCUGAAGAAGCUGCAGUUACAGAAUUUAAGCAGUUUUUAUUCUCUGAUCGAUAAAUAAUCACUGGAAGCAGCUGCUGUUGAUGGAGCUCCAUAUUGUCUGAAACGGCUGAAUUCAGUCAAAUUAAACAACCACUCCACUAAUAAAUCCAUCCAGUUAUCUUCAGACUCUACAGAGAAUUUUCUGCUUUUCUUUCCUCAUGAUCUAAACGUUGCUUUAACAGUUUUCUGACAAACUAGCGGAUUAACGGUGAACGUCUCUGACUUUUUAUCUGUUAAAACUCUGAAACAUUCAGUAAAUUGAACUUUUUUAACAUUUUCUCACCAAACUUUCAAACCAAUCAAAUCUGCAGUGGAACUUUUCUAUUAAAAGUGGAACCAAAGAACCCGUCGGACGUUCUGCUCCUUUUAGUGUUUGGUUCUGUCCUGUUUAGUUUGGACUCUGAGAACCAAGGAACUGUUUCUAAUCGGAGAUUUUAAAAACUCUAAACUCGUGUUGCUUCGAUUCCAACGUCUUUGAAUCCAUCUGACGUCCACAAAUGUUGAGUGGUUCUUCUGGAGGAAGAUGUCAAAGUGUCCUUGAAGCAGCAGAAACUGAACGCUGGAUGAAGGUUUCUGCAGAUCGUUUCACUCUUUCUGUUCCUCACCUGCUUUUCUUUGCACUCUGUUUUCUCUCCUGUUUUCAUGCUGCAGAUUCCAAACUAUGCAAACAUCGACUCACCAAAUGCUUUGAUUUUUAAGUGAACUCAAGAAAACGUUGAUUUUUUUUUCUCCUACAAAGUUCAGAAGCAUAAAAACACUUCAGGUCGGAGUGAAGAAACAGAUUCAAUGCAGAGUUUAUGAUGUUUACAUGAGUUCAGCUGAUGGACAGAAGAUGGAAGUUCAUCACUUGGAGCUUCUGAAAAUCUGGACUUUCUGUUUUCACUUUGGUGGUUUUAGACAUUUUCUAGACAAACAGCUGUUAGAAGUGACAGAACGGAGAACGUAUGACUGAAGAGAGUCAGAAACAUUCAUUCAUUCUUCCACUAAGUCAUCGACUGGUUUUGUGACUUCAGUGGUUGAAAAGGACGAGACGUUUGAUGAACCUGAAACAAUGAUCAGAACCAGCUGGAAACAUUUUAGAUGAAGCUUUAAUCUGGAAUAAAUCGAGUCGCUGACAUUUCUUUAAAAACAAA